AUGAUAUUAUGUGGCUCUCUGCUCAAGGGUGUCCACGUCCCUCAUACCCCUCUCAUAACCAUCUCCCUUGACGCGCCCUCACCCCCACCUCCGACACGCCUCCACGCCCACCUCCGACACGCCUCCACGCCCACCUUCGACACGCCUCCACGCCCACCUCCGACACGCCUCCACGCCCACCUCCGACACGCCUCCACGCCCACCUCCGACACGCCUCCACGCCCACCUCCGACACGCCUCCACGCCCACCUCCGACACGCCUCCACGCCCACCUUCGACACGCCUCCACGCCCACCUCCGACACGCCUCCACGCCCACCUCUGA